GUCAAAUGCUCUGACACACACCGACUUGAUCGUCUGCUGCUCGUGGCUUUGCCAACAGAACCUCACGCUUUGGUCUUUUUUCUCACUGUUUGUGUGCAAUAAGGACUAAAAUUUGGGAUUUCGUACGCCACCGCCAAUUAUCGGUAUUUGUCUGAUCCCUAUCAAAGAACCCUGCUUGUUUCCUAUUUGCCCAACCUUUGUUGUUGGUGCAUUAUCAGGUAGACCAUGACUACUAAACAGCCAAAUACUUUAGUUGAUGUGAGUGAGGGUACAGGUGUAAGUAAUAAUUCUCCUCAGUCUCCAACUGGUAGGACUUUGCUUGAACCAAUAACCCUGGAUUUCGAUCCUAUGAGCUUCGAAUUUAAAGAAGAUUCCCCACUAACAUCUCCUUCCGAUAGUAACCGUGAUAUUGGUGAAACAUUAAGCCCAUUCCAAAAUACAGAAGUUGUUGAAUUUUUUGACCCAUUUUGCCCUGUUAAGGAAGAAAGCCCUACAGAUUAUUAUCCAAAUGUAAUGUUAGGUCAAACACCUUUAGGUGAACCUUUAACAGAGCAACAGCAAUAUUCUAAUGGUUUUUCAAGUUAUACUGUACAAGAUGAUCUUUUAAACCAGCCAAAUCUUCCAGAAAAUGAAGAUGAUAGACUGCAGGACAGUGUGUACAGCCAUCAUAGUAGAGGUGGCAUUAAUGACAGGAUAGACGAUGACGAUGCAUUGAUUGAUGUUAUGGAUGAUAGUGUUAAUAAUAAACACACUGAGGACCAAGUAAGCGAUAGACUGAUGGGGGACCAAAUAAGCGACAAACUUAUGGAGGACCAAAUGAGCGAUAGACUUAUGGAGGACCCAAUGAGCGAUAGACUUAUGGAGGACCAAAUGAGCGAUAAACUUAUGGAGGACCCAAUGAGCGAUAGACUUAUGGAGGACGAUUCAUUUAAUGAUGAUCUUAUCGAGGAUAGACUUGAUGAAUCUAAUCUUGAGGAUAGUUCUGUGAAUGAUAAACUUGAUCUCGAUGAAAAACCAGUUGAAAUACUUGCUGAUUUGGGUACUAACUCAGAACUGUCUGCUGCUGCCAGUUCUAAAUCUGAAAUAACCGAUGAAAAUGAUUUAACAACAGAAUUAGAACAAACCCAGAGUGAAGAUACUUGCGUUUCCCCAAUAAGUGAAAAAAUUUUUGAUGAUAACAAGCAUGACCUUAGUUCCCAGCAUGAGCAAUUACAAAUUUCUGAGGAUGAUCUUUCUAAAAGAGGCAGAACAAGCUCCAACUCGUCAUCUCAAUCUAUAAAAAGUGAUCGAAGUGAAAAAAGAUCAUCCUAUAAAUCAUCCAUAACAAACAACUAUAAAGAAGAAGUUAAAACAACUUCAAAUUCAAUAUCUUCUAAAGUUGAAAAGGAAAAUCAAAAGAAAGAAAUAACUACCAAAAAAGCAACUGUCAAGACUGAAACAAAUGGUUAUUCAUCUCAUAAUGGAAUAGAUACUGUCAGUCUAAAAAAUAGCAAGAAUGCUGAACUUACUAAGGAAGAAAAACCUUUUGACGGUCUUGCUUCCGUAACUGAUUUGAUGUCAGCAUACGUCUCUUUAACUGCUCAAGAAAAUCAGCCAUCUAAAGAAAUAAUCUCUACUGGCAUUGAUAUAAAAUCUUUGAAAUCAAACUAUGCUCAAAAUGGAGGAAACCGUAGAGGUAUUUCUCCCGAUAGAGAAAUGAUUAGCACUGGAAUAGAUGUCAGAGCUCUUAAAUCCUACUUCAUUUUGGAAAAAGGAGAAAUCAAGUAUAAAGGUCCACCCCAUAUAGAAACUGGCAUUUCUGUGAAAAUGUUGAAAUCAAGUUUUACUAAGAGUACUGAAGAAUUGCAGCAGAAUAAUCAGCCAGAAGAGGUAAAAUCAUCUGUUGAUAGGGUAAAAGUGCAGCGCACUUUCAGUCAGACUCCUCAAGAUGAACUUUGCCUUUGCAAAAUAUGUGGAAAACAUGUCUAUCAAAUGGAAAAAAUGAAAGCUGAACGCAAUAUAUUUCACAAGAAUUGCUUUCGCUGCAAGGAAUGUAAUAAACUUCUUAAUGUGGAUUCUUAUUCAUCAAAUGAAGGUGACAUAUAUUGCAAACCACAUUUUCGGCAACUGUUUCAACCAAAAGCAAGAUUCGAUGGAGAAGAUGGUGCCCCAACUGAAAUAUUGACUGAUGAAGGAAAACAAAGACGAAAUGAAAUGAUAAUUCGAGAAAAUGUUCCUGCUGAAUUACCUCCAGAUGUUAUCAGAUCUGAUUCAAAACCUGAUCAUGGCCUUGAGAACAUACCUGUAAAUCUUAGCAGCAUCAAAUCUAAAUUCGAAACCUACAGAGAGGAACAUCAUCUUCCAUCCACAACUGAUGCAUGCACUUUACAGCGGUCUGCUAGCGUAAUGGCUAGACUGGCUAAAUAUCAAUCAGCUGUUUCUGGAGGAGAAAAUGAAAAUGGAGAAUUGUCAGAAUCAGACAAUGAUGAAGAAUGCAGUGAAGAUCCUACUGUAAUUAAACCUAGUAAACACAAGGAAAAGGUGGUGUUUAGUGGAAUGUCUAGUUUGAAGUCACAGUGGGAAAGUGGUUCAGUAACUGCAACCAAAGAGGAACGGAUUGAAGAGAAAAAAGAAGAGUUAAACAAACUUCGCCAACGUAUAUGCCUUGGUAGAUCUGAGUCAAUGAAAGCAGUUUAUGAAAAAGCUUGUCAAGAUACAGCUAAACCUGUUGUCAGUAGGACAGAGGCAGUUGAUAUUGGGCGUGAUGUUAAAGCUACUAGAAUAAAAGAAAAGUUUGAAAAAGGAGAACUAGUUGAUGAAGUUGAGGAUGAAAAAUUAGAAAAAUUCCGGAAAGAGAAAGAAGAAGAUUUAAGUGUUUUUACAGAACCAGGAAUGGCGAAUGAUGCUAAAAAGUUGUUUCAACAAAUGGAUGCUACAGUUAAAACAACUCCCAUUACUCCUUCAAAAUCACCUACCAAGUCACCAAUUCAUGAUCGUCAGAUCAAUUUCCAUUCGCCUGUCAAAGAAGGCGAUGUUGUGAAAUGUAGCGAACCUACAGAAAAAGAAGAUAUCCCAGUAGACACAACAGAUGUAACUCAACGAUUUAAGUUUUUUGAAAACUAUUCUGAUGCUCCCAAAGAAAGGAAAAGAUUCCAAAUUACUCCUCCCCGAGAACCUGCGAGGGAAAGCUCUCCAGAGCCUGAAGUUCCCCAUGAUCCUAAUGUAGUAAGAGCAGUUGAUACAAUUGAUGACAUACCAUCUACUGAUACAGCUCGACGAAUGCUUGAUAAAUUCAAGCAAUUAGAAAAAGAAACUCCUUCUCUUCCAUCUGGUCCAAAACCUUUAAAACGUAUAACACCUCCUAGGGAAUAUACAAAAGUUGAUGAAAGUCACGAUUCCUCUCCAGAGCCAGAACGUGAUCCAAGUAUAAUUCGUUCCAGUUAUAAAGCAGAUGAAGAUAUUGUUGUUGAGGCAGAUAAAGCUAAAAGUUUAAGAGCAAAAUUUGAAAAUUGGGACACAGAGCUUAGAGAUAACAGGCGUAAUGAGGAUGAUGAAGGCGAGGAUUUCCUGCCCCAGAUUGAUACAACUAAAAAUUUAAGAGCUAAAUUUGAAGCUAUAAAAGAAGACACUGUAAAAACACCAGAGAAGCCUAAGCCUAAAGUUAACAGAUUUAUUCAAGAACAAGCUGCUGUUAACACAGACGUCUGCAGUUUAUGUGGAAAAAAAGUUUAUCCGAUGGAGAAAAUGGAGACGAGUGGUAUGCGAAUCCAUAAGAAUUGCUUUCGCUGUGCCCAUUGUUCCUGCAUGUUGAGGCUAGAAAAUUAUACCAAAAGUGGACGAAAUCUUUACUGCACACCACAUUUUAAGCAACUGUUUAUAUCUAGAGGAAAUUAUGAUGAAGGGUUUGGCCGUGAACAGCAUAAAGAGAAAUGGAAUCGUAGUUGUAAUAAUACACCUGUUCCAAGAGACUUGCAAGAAAAUGAUGAUUUGGAACUAUCUAAUGGUGAUGUUCAGUGUCUGGAGCAAACAGUAUAGCCAACUAAUACACCAUGAACAAAUUAAGUGUUAUUACUUUUUACCACACAAAGCAGGAAAAAUGUACCAAUUGUAAUUACUGAAUUAGCAAGCAUUUGUGUUUGGACUGGAGUAUUUUAUACUACCAUUUUGUGACAUUUAGCUUUAAUGUGCAUGUGAAAACAUUGCUUAAAUUUUUAUUAUGUCGUUUUUACCCUUAUUUGUGCAAUUCUGAAAUCAAUGUUUUUGUUGAAAUUUCUUCCUCAAUGCAUUUAUAUUUUUUUGUCAGCAUGCAAACAAAUGUUCGUUUAUUUUACAGUCACAUUGUGUAAUGUUACCAUCAUUGGAAAUAAGUUUAAUUUUUCAAAUAAUAUCUGCAACAAUGCUCUGUAAAUUAUAUUUGUGAAUGUGAUCAAAAAGCUGUUGCAGAUAAACUGAAAAAUAUUCAGAAUCCUAAUUAUGAAACUGCACAUCUUGUUGCUAUUGUUGUACUUAAAUUUUGUGUGCUUUGUACAGCCUGAUUUUUUUUCUACAAUUUUAUAAGAAAGCAUGGCAUUAAUUUUGUGCCCUUUUUCUAUGAUUUUUAUUGUGCUAUGUGUGUGAUGUCUUAUUUCAUAAAGUUUUGGGAUGGAUAUGGUGCUUAUACCACAUUGAUAGUUUUUGAUUUUAAAAUUAAUUUAGCUUUUUGAUUUUAUUUUCCUGUUACAUAAAUUGUUAAAGUCUAAAUAAUUUGAGUCAAAAAUUUAGUGUCUAUGCUUAUCUGGGCUGUCAAAAUUUUGUUUUUUUUCUCUUCACAAUAUUGACUUUACAAGAAAUUUUAAAAUGGUAGGAUUUCCCAAUAUGUUACAUUAAAUCUAUUAAUUUAGUUUAUCUAUUAAAUUAAAGCAUUGACAAAAGUGUUAGAAUUAUGUGCAUUUAAAUUUAUUCAUUCUUUUGUAACAUACUUUUUAUUACCAAAUCACAAAUUUUAAUGACAUUUUUAUGUUGACUUAUUUAUAUUUUUUUGUUUAAAGCUAGCACAAUGCAAUAAAACAGCCCUUUUAAAUAUAGAAAAUAAUUUCUUUCUCAGAUAAAAAGCUAUAUUUGAAACUUAUUGUUGAUGUAAAUUAGUUUAAUGAAAAUUUUUAUUAGGGUAUUUGAAUGUUGAUAGAUUGAAAAAUGUUUCAAAGUUAAAUUUUGAUUUAUUUUUUUAUUUUUACUGAUGUUGAAAAGUUAUAUUAGUCUUCAAUAAUAUAUAGGUGCUACUGUAAGUAAUUUCAGGUUUUCAUUAAAUUGAUUAAUAAUUUUGGUUUGCAUAAUUAUCAAUUUGAUGAAAUAAUUAUGUAUAAUUCUAAUAUGACCGCAUAUUCAUUUGUUCAUAGUUCCCAUUUUCUUAUUCAAACUUAAGGCAUCUUUUUAUUUUUAAUUAUUAUUGAUACAUAGCAAAAAAAUUUUAUAUCAUAAUUAUCUUUCAAGUGAAACAUUUAGUUUGAGAAAAAUUUCUUGCUCUUAAAGAUAAUUUGAAGGAAGUAUGUGUAUUAUGACAUAAUAAUAAUACAUAUAUAUAUUAGCUUGAGUACUAACUUGAAUAUAGUUAUGGUUUUGAGCACCUCUAUCAUAAUUUGUAGACUAAAGACUCUAUCAUAAUUUGUAGCCUAUUGAUUUCAGCAUUAGAUGUUUACAAUGCUAGUUUGCCUGUUAAUUGCAAAAUAAUAUAAACACAUAAUUUAUAUAGCUUUUAUGUUGAUGCUCCGAGUAUUCAUUUUAUUUGUUGAAAUUUCAUAUCAUUGUACAAUUGUAUAUGUUGUGUAGAUUUGUGUUUUACUUUCUAAUUUUAAAGAAUUAGUAGAGCACCACUGAAAAAAUAUGCCAAAGAAGAAUGACUGUGGGUAAAUUUUGUUAAAGGAAAUAUGGCAAAUCCAAUACAUAAAAAUUUUAUAAUUUAUCAUAAUUAUAUGUUCUAAAUAACUCUUUAGGAAAACAUUUUUAUUCUAUGCUUUUUAAAAUUAUAAAUAUAUUAAAAUUUUUCUAAUUAAAAAAUUUUUCAAAAUUACAAUGUAAAUAUUAAUUUUGGCAUUUUCCUUAGGAAAAAGUAUUAGAUUCUUAUAUUAUUACUUCUACUAUUACAAAUUUACUGAAUAAUUGUUGUAACUUGUUACAAACAUUUAAUGAUCUGAAUAUUAUUUUGGAGUUAAUGAUAACUCUUCAUUAUAAAUUUUUAAAUUGGAUUUUGGCAAACUAAAAAGAAAUAAUUAUCAAGAGUGUCCAUCACAAAUUUUUUUACUUUCCUAAAUUGCUAACUGUAUUAGUGAAUGCAAUAAACUUGUUAUGAUUCUUGUUAAAAAUAAUUAUCCAGUGUUACUAUUUCAGUGUACAAGUUAUGUGUGUGAGAAACAACAUAUUAGUGUUGAACUGAUGUUAAAGCUAGAAACCUCAUGCUGAUCAAAAAUUUUAAAAAUUCAUAUCACGUGUACUAAAUUUUAUAAUUUUUACAGUACAAUUUAAGCAAUUUCUUAAUAAACUGUAUUGCAUACUGAUAAAAAGUAUGCAUUGGAAAAAUAAUUUAUAGAAAAGUCUUUCAAAUUGAUCGAUGGAAUUACCUGUGCAAGCUAAAAAUAUUUACUAAUGAACUCUGUGUUUGUCAGAUGUAUUUGUCAUGUGCAAUCUUCCCUUCAGAAGAACAAACAUUUUUAUUUAUAGUAAUGCAUUUAAAUAUUUCUAUUUUUAUAAUAAUAUGUUGCUCUUAAGGAAAAGGAUGCAAACUUUGUUUAUUAAAUAUUAAAAUCUCAGAAGACUGAAAUAUUCAGUUAACAUUUAUGGAUUUGAAUAAAUUUAAAAUCAUAAUAGUUUUGUUCAUAAAAAUAUGUUGUAAUUGUAGCUUAAUAUUUUACUAGUGUUCAUAUUAAUGUUCAGUAAAAUUUUUUAUUAGUAUGAAUGUAAAAUCACCAAUUAAUUUAUCAGUAUUAAAUAUUGACCUAAAAUGGAAAAUAAGGAGACAGAGACAAAUAAAGUAAUCCAUUAUUUUGAAUAAAUUUUAAUCAUGUAAUUUGACUGCAAUUUGGUGCAUUUAUAUUAAAGAUUAUUUUGUAGUUACUUCUAUCAAUGUUUCAUAAAUUUUAUAAUAUUCAAGAUGAUUAUAGAUUACUUAUUCAAUAUUUUCCUCGAUUUCUCUUAAUAUCAACAUGAUUUCUUUAAAAAAUUUUGAUUGUGUUUUAAUAGUUUAUGAGAAUGAAAACUUUACAUGCAAUAUGAAAUGGAUUCAGGACUAAGCAACCAGUACAAUACAUAUAUGCAACUUUACUUAGUAAAUACUGUAUUUCAAAAUGUUAAUCCUUUUACCACAGUUAUCUUCACAGAAAUUUUGUGACAGGUGCUUUUGUAAUUAUGUGAUUGUCCUAUUUUCUUGUCUUCCUCAUUGUAGAAGCCAAUGUGUGUAUUAUAUCAUAACUUCUUACAGGCACUCUUUACAGUGAUUGUUUUUUUCCCUGAAUGAUGGUUCCUGUUGAGUACUGUUUCAUGCCUUUCAGGAAAGAGUGUUUAACGUGCCUGUAAAGAAAAUAGUGUUCCUUUUUAUUUUCGUUUUUGUAAAAUUUUAAAUAAAUGUAAAUUAUAAAAUUUA